CUGGAGGACUGCACGCUGCAGGUCUCACCCUCCGGACACUACCUGGACCUCGACUUGUCCCUUCUGGAGCAGAAAGAUGACCUGGAGGGUUUCUACGAGGAGGUCAGGAAGGGGAGACGGCCGACUCUGAUCCUGCGCACGCAGCUCUCUGUCCGGGUCCACGCCAUCCUGGGUGAGUCUGCGCCCUCCUCCGGGCCGGAGUCUCAAGCCUUCCUAUUUAGCCCCGUCUCCUCCUGGCAGGAGGACAAGGACCUGGUGCCGGAGUUUGUGAACCUGGAUGGGUUGACGUGCCUGAUCAAAGUAGGGGCAGAGGCCGACCAGAACUACCAGAAUUACAUCCUCCGGGGUUGGUACUGGG